UGCUGAAAGCCCCGCCUGUGACCUGGUUACGGGGCGGGGCCUGGCGGUGCAGAGCCGGGAGGCAGGCAGAGCGUCAGUCACCACAGCUGUGCUGCGCUUUAUGUCGGUCUGUCUACGGCGCUGUUCCGUCCGGUACAAGGAUACAAAGAGAGGGACAGACGGCAUGAAAUAGAGACAGAGCAUGAGAGUGGCGGGGGCAGCAGAAGGGACACGAACAACCUAACGGGAUUACAGUUUAGUGCAGGCACGGAUACUGUUGUCUCCAGAGUGGACACGGUGCUCCGCCGAUGUGCGCACUGGAUUCUACCCACCAAAGAGUGUAAAGACCACGGGGACCGAGCGGACUUUGUUGCGCAGGACUCUCGGGGUUUAGGAGGAGAUCAUGGAUAAAACUUUGCACAUUCUCCAGAAAUCCGCAGACGGACUACGGACUGGGAUCUCUUUGGAUAUGAGUUUAAAUGUGGAGGAAGGGGAAGAUUUCUCGGAACAGCAGAUCGUGGGGCUCCCGGACAAAAUACCGCUGGUGAAACCUUAUUUCAAAAAGAAGCAGAGGAAACUGGACCCCAAAUGCCUCCACCGAGCCUUACAGGACCCCAUAUUGACCACUUUACUGAGCACGGAUACCGGGGAUGGGGUGUUUGUUCCCAGGAACCAGUCGAGUCGGACUCCGGGCAACCUGUGCGCAGCGGCCGUGGCAAAACAGAACUGCAUGGGCCUGGGCCAGGUGUGCAUCAAAGGCCAGGGAGCUGCUGAAGAUACCGCAGCUGGGGCUGGAGUACCGGGCUUGAUGGCACGGGGGGGUGAUGUGGAAAUAGCCGAUACUACCGUGGAGCUUGAUGGGACAGAGCGGCGAGGUGAGCGACCCAAGAUCACUAAUCCUUCCCCGGACAGCCCCUGCUUUCAGUUGAAACCUGGCCUCAGGGCGGCCGGGAGCACAGUGGCAGUAACCCCCCCAGGCAGGGAUAUACCUCCUAUAGUUGCACCCCAGCCUCCUCAACAGGAGGGGGCCAUUAAAAGCAAUGACCUCUUAACCUCUGGGGCUAAAAUCCUUCCAGUCAAAGACUGCAGUGGCGUCCAGGACCCACUUCCCCUCCUACUGCGCCCUGACAAAGAAGUGCUAUUUCAGGAUAAAAGCGAAGAGGCCUCCUUGGACCUGGUUUUUGAGCUGCUCACCCAGCUCCAGUAUCACACACACCAGGCAGACUCUGUAGACAUCUGUGUGGAUUUCCUCCAAGGGCGGUGUGCUUAUGGCAGUGACUGUGCCCACCACCACACUGUCUUGCCCUACCACUGGCAGAUCUGCAGGACCAGUAGCCAGACGUGGCAGAGCAUAGCAGACGAUUCCCAGGAACAGCUGGAGAGACUGUACUGCAACCCAGACAAUGAACAAGUCAGGCUCAAGUUUCAGGGUCGGGUGUUUUCCCUGGACUUCGGAACGAUGCGCGUGUGUGACCUGGAAUUUGACCAUGUCCGACGUCUGACCACUCCCCCCAGCCCUCUACCCGCACCCACAACGAACACAAGCCCAACCUCCAGCUGUCACACAGUGUGGAAGUACUACUGCAGGGACAACUUUGGCUGGAGAGAAUACUCUGAGCCAGUGGUGAAACUCAUAGAGGAGGCGAGUUCAAGGGGUCUUAAGGAGGUGCGAUUCAUUACGCUCCAGAACCAGUAUAUCCUCAAUAUCAGGGAGGGCUUCCAGCAAAACGCUGUCUUUGGCUUCAGACGUCAGAUCAAGAAGCGGCCCAUGUUCAUGUCUUCUGUGAUGCUGACACCCCACCUACAGACUUUGGGUGGUCUUUCUUCAUCUCCCCUCCCCUGUUCCUCUUCCUCCUCCUCAUCCAUGGAUCUCUUUGUGUCACAUCCCCUCUCUCCGACAACCACCAACCCACCCAGCCGUCCGGAAACUUGGGUGCCCAUGACAAUGAGCCAGGACUUCCUGCAGGUGCCAGUCUCACGUGAAGACCGCAGCUACCGGACGGUGUACAGCCUUUUCCACAAGACGGUAUCGGAGACCAAAUUCAGGAUUAUCAAGAUCCUGCGUGUGCAGAACCCCUUUCUCUGGGAGAAGUACCAGAGGAAGAAGGAGUACAUGUCACGGCGUAUGUCGGAGAUGGAUCGGCUGCUGAGCGAGCGCCAUCUCUUCCACGGUACCUCAGCAGAUGUGGUGGACGGCAUCUGCAAGCACAACUUUGACCCACGAGUCUGCGGCAAACACGCCACCAUGUUUGGCCAGGGCUCCUACUUUGCCCGCAAGGCAGUCUACUCCCACAACUUCUCCAAGCGCUCGCCCAAAGGAGUCCACUGCAUGUUCCUGGCCAAAGUCCUCACUGGCAGGUUUACUGUCGGAAAUCCCUCCAUGCGGCGACCUCCUCCCAUCAACCCCCGUGACUCCUCUAGUGACCUUUAUGACUCCUGUGUGGACAUCUGGGUGGACCCACAGAUAUAUGUCAUCUUCAACGAUGACCAGAGCUACCCUUAUUUUAUCAUUCAUUAUGAGGAAGUACCCAGCACUGUCGCUGUCUAAGCCCUGGAUUAGACUUGGAUCUGUCUUUAUUUGUAUUGACUCAUGGCUUGGUUUAAUCUGUUCACAUGGUAGAUGGGUGGGGUUGAGCCACUUGAGAUGAAAAGGAACAAUUUAAACCACUAACAAGCUGUAAUUUGCAGUCCUACAGACAGUUGCUUGAACAAACUCUAUUGGAAUCAGUUAAACUCCACCCAUGUCCUGCUCUAAACAGGUAAAACAAAGUAUGAAAUAUUUGCAAAUACCCUAUGAUCCAUAAGAAAGAAGAGGCUGGCGCAGACUGGAACUGGACAAAACUGGACUAGCAAAGGACAACACCUAUUUCAUCCAGUAUUCAGAGGUGGAAGGCAACUGAUAACAGCUACAACAAACUUAACUGGACUAAUAGACCGCACAUUGGUAUCUAGUAUGAACAGGAGCCUAGUGAUGACCAUUAGAUAUGAGAGGAUUUUAUCUACCUUAUUAUUCUGGAGCAAAUGCAGGAAAAACCAAACCUAGUCCCCUUUAUUGUUUUGACUUAGUCGAAUGGCUGUAUAAGAACUCCACACCAGGACCAACGCUACAGUAGACUGUGAGCGUCCUGCCAGUACUGUGAAUACCCAACUGGCUGUUGUAUUAUUCUGAGGAGGCAGCAACCGCGACAGAAAAACCGUGGUGACACUGACCCCUCCAUUUUUCUCUUAAAAAAUCAUAGUGAGUGUUUACCCAGGCUCAGGCCCAUACAUUCUUUUUAAGUCUAUGUGCUGCGUGUUUGAAUCUUUUAAUUUAGUGGACAUAAACCUUGUGGCCUCUUCAGCCUGAUAGUGGACGUGAGUUUCAGCGGGGGUUCUCCUCCCGGCAGACGUUUCAUAUGAAGCUAACACUGCCUUCGCAGCCACCGCUUUGGUUCCUCGCGGGGGAUUGAGAAGUGUACAGUUUCAUGCUGAGAUUUGAUGUAAUGUGUCAACAUAACCCACUGAAACUCAUCUCUCUUUGACCGCUCUCUCGCUCGGAGACAGUAGACGUUAUAUUGAGACAAACUGUACAGAUGUUCUCUUUGUUUAUAUUUGAACUGUGUGCCUUUUGUUCAUAAAAAUGUUUAUUUAUGUUAGUUUAAUGUAACAUUGAUUAAAUAAAGAAUCUAAAAGAGAAAAUGA